AUGGCAAAGCAGAAGGCAGUGGCACAAAUAUAUGGAGAUUGGGAAGAGUCGUACGCGGAGUUGCCACGUUGGAUGCUAGGAGUACAGUCAACAAUGGCCGGAACAAUAACCGUGUUGAAGACCUCUCCUGUUCGGCUUCGUGGUGAGGUUGAUGAGUCGACGGUGUACUUUCACCGAUUAUUCUGGACAUUCCCACCCUGUAUCGAGGCAUUCCGUCAUUGCAAGCCCCUUGUCAAUAUUGACGGUACCCACUUGUAUGGCAAGUAUGGAGGCACACUGCUGUUGGCGAUUGCGCAGGAUGGGAACUCUAACAUCCUCCCCAUUGCAUUCGCCCUUGUGGAAGAAGAAAAUGCAGAGUUGUGGUCAUUCUUCUUGUCCAACCUACGAGAGCAUGUGACUCCUCAGGAGGGUAUCCUUGUAAUCUCUGACAGGCAUAACGGGAUCAAGGCAGCACUUGAGGCACCUGAGACUGGGUGGCUGCCGCCUCGUGCUUUCCGAGCGUACUGUAUUCGGCAUGUGGCAGCGAAUUUUGUCCUAACUUUCAAAGGUAAAGAUUCAAGGAGGAUGUUAGUGAAUGCUGCCUACGCAAAGACUGAAGCAGAGUUUUAUUACUGGUUUGACAUCAUGCGGACUGAGAAUCCAGCAAUGUGUGAAUGGGCCAAUCGGAUGGAGUACGACAAAUGGACCCAACAUGAGGAUAGUGGUAGACAGUUCGGGCACAUGACAACCAACAUCAGUGAAUGUGUGAACUCGGUGCUAAAGGGAACUCGAAGCCUCCCGGUCACAUCGUUGGUUCAGUCAACUUACGGGAGGCUUGCUCAGCUUUUUGUGGUACGGGGACAAACAGCAGAGGCACAACUCGGAUCUGGUAAUGAAUUUUUCCAGGCAUUGGCCAAGGCAAUUGAUCGGAAUCUAAGAGACACAAGGUGUUUCAUUGUCACGUUAUACGACAGGCAUCAAUCGGAGUACACCGUGGCCGAGACAACACCAACCGGGCGCUUCUCACUGGGUAGCUAUAGAGUUUCCCUUAAAGAUCACAGAUGCGACUGUGGCCACUUUCAGGCGCUGCAUUAUCCUUGUUGCCACGCCAUUGCAUGUUUGCACUACUCUCGCCUUAAUUGGGCGUCAUAUGUUCACGAGGUCUAUCGUAUGAGUGAAGUUUUCAACGUUUACAAGCAGGGUUUUGUUCCGCCUAUCCCGGAAGGCCUAUGGCCUCCAUAUGCUGGGCCAACCAUCAUUCCUGAUCCUAACAUGAGGCGUGCAAAGGAAGGUCGUCCAAGGGCAACCAGGAUCCGUGGUAGUAUGGAUCAGUCUCUGGAGAACUAG